AAUUUAUUUUCUAAAUUAGUUUUGUCAAUUUUAGUGGGAAUUGGUUAAAACCAAGCCCAUAUAUAUAUAUAUACUUACGAUUCAGAUGGCUCAAGCAGGAAAUUCGGGUGACAAAAUUGCGGAUUUCGAGACGGCGAUUGCCGAAUGCGGUUUUGGGCUAUUCAAUGUACUCAUUAUGAUCUGUGCCAUGCCCUGUCUAUCGGCCAUGGUCUUCUCUGCCUCGUCCAUGUCGUACGUAAUGCCAACAGCUGAGUGUGAGCUGAAGCUGACCGUGUUGGACAAGGGUCUGAUGAAUGCUGUGACCUAUGCAGGCAUGAUUAUCUCGGCCAUACCGUGGGGCUUUGUGGCGGAUACGAUGGGACGUCGCCUGGUUCUCAUCACUGGCGGUUGGAUUGAUGGUAUCUGUGUGCUGUGCUCGGCCCUAAGUCAAAACUCUUCGCAGCUGAUGUUAUUCAAGUUCUUCGAUGGACUAGUUAUCUGCGGUCCAUUUGCGGUGGUUGUCAGCUAUUUGGCCGAAUUCCAUGGCAGGCAGCACAGGCACUAUAUUAUGCUGUUCGUCGGCUUAAGUAUUUCCAUCGGUGCCCUGACAUUGCCAACGAUGGCCUAUUUUAUGCUGCCAGUGCACAUUUACUUUACAGUUGGAACUCUGCGCUUUCACACUUGGCAGGUCUUUUUGGCGCUUACCUCAGUGCCCAGCCUGUUGAGUGGCUUUCUGCACAUCUUUCUGCCCGAGAGCCCCAAGUUUCUCAUGUCCCAGGGCUACUACACCAAGGCGCUGGCUUCCCUGCAGCGCAUCUAUGCGGUGAAUAAGCGCAAGAGCCGCGACACCUAUCCGAUCAAAACUCUGACGGAUGCCACGCCCGAGCGAACCGACGAGGCUCAGGAUCCGAGCAAACGUGACUCGGUGGCGCUGCGCUUCCGUAAAACCAAGCGUAAAUUUAUCGAUGGCCUGAAACAGCUGAAGCCCAUGUGUACCACUCCCUAUCUGGGAUUAUCCGCGCGGGUGUAUUGCCUGCACUUUUGCCAAAUCAUGUGCGUGAAUUCGGUGCGCCUAUGGCUGCCACAGAUCUUUGCCACAAUGCAUACCUUUGAGGUGCAGGGAAUCAGCGACAGGAGUAUGUGCGCGGUCCUGGGACUAAAUUUGUUGCGGCGCAACGGUACGACCGCAACGAGGGAGGAAUGCGACAUACAUCAGCAACCGGAAACAUAUAGGGAUAACAUAAUUGUGGCAGGCAUUGGCCUAGUUGGAUUCCUGCUCAUCUUCCCCCUGCUAAGCAUUCGCGGUGUCGCCAACCACAUACUAAAGGUCAGUCUCUUUAUAUGCACUUUCCUGGUGGGUGGUCUCUACUUUGCAACGUCGACGCUGGCAACGCUUAUUAUAGCCGCGGUCUAUUUGACGGUCAUGGGCAUUUGUGCGUCCACGGUUAUUGGCAUGUGUGUGGUCGUGUUUCCUACAUUGAUGAGAACAAUGGUUCUAUUGCUGAUCAUGACAUUCGGCCGUUUGGGUUCGGUUACAGGAAAUAUUUUACUACCCUUCUUUAUACAAAUGAGUUGCUGGGCCCCAUUCCUUUGGCUUUCCAGUCUAAUGGCCAUUGCAUUUACAUUCUCAUUGUUCCUGAAAGUGGAUGUUCAACAGUCACUUAAUUAACUGAUUGAUUGGCCUAGUUACAAGAAUAUAACAAAGUAGUACUAAAUAUGUAAAGAAAAAA